CUGGUAACCUUUGCUUAUUUUAUUCUUAUCUCUUCACUUAUUUGUUCAAUGCAUUGUUCAAUUAUGCAGUAUUCUUAUAGCUAUAGUAUAAUUAAUAUUUUUAUAACUAAUAAUACAGUUAACACUAAUCAUAACUUCAAUCUUGCUCUUUGGAUGAAUUUUAGAUGGACUUGUACAGAUCUCUUUAAUAAUGUUCUGUUUUUUGAAUUUUACCAUUGUCGGGACAUCACAAUACAUAAGUGUUAUCUACAGCGUUGUAGAGUAAUGUAACCAACAGUUCUGAUAUUGUGAAGCUUAAAUCUCAACCGUCAUGCGCAAGUUGAUGCAAGUGGACGAUGACGCUCUCUAUUGCUCGCUAUGGUUACUUUUUAGUUUUGGAAAAUUCAACGUGUACACUUAUAGGUUAAUAAUGUUAUCACUGAGGCUAGUGUACACUGCAUACAUUUGCCAGUAAAUGAAGAAUCAACAAGAUAUAAUCGUGGCUAAAUCAUUAUCAUUUCUAUGAAUAUUUCACUUACUAUCAACGACUGUAAAAAUAGAACUUAUCAGCUGGUGCUGGAAUAAUAUCAACUUUACUCUUUAGUAUCAUUAAAAUUACAAAACGGUAGCAAUGGGUACAUUGGAACUAAAGCAAAGUUUAACUGGUCAUAAAGGCAGAGUGUGGAGUGUUUGCUGGCAUCCUACAGAUGCUCUUUUAGCAUCUUGUGGCGAAGACAAAACAAUUGUAAUAUGGAGAUUAGAGGGACUUGAGUGGGUUACAAAAAUGAUCCUUACCGAGGGACAUUCUAGAACCAUUAGAGAGCUAGCUUGGUCUCCUUGCGGUAAUUAUAUUGCAUCAGCAAGUUUUGAUGCAACUACUGCAGUAUGGGACAAAAAAUCAGGACAGUUUGAAUGCAAUACAACAUUAGAGGGGCAUGACAAUGAAGUGAAAAGUGUUAGUUGGUCAGUUUCUGGUCAGCUACUCGCUACGUGUGGCCGAGACAAAUCUGUGUGGGUAUGGGAGGUAAAUGACGACGAAUACGAGUGUGACGGUACUAUAAUGGAGCAUACUCAAGAUGUAAAAAAGGUGAGAUGGCAUCCACAUGAAGACAUUCUAGCUUCUGCCAGUUACGAUAAUACAGUAAAGAUACAUAAGGAAGAGGCAGCGAAAAACGAUUGGUCCAGCAUUGCAACUCUAUCAUCUCACACAUCUACAGUAUGGAGUCUUUCAUGGGAUAAAACUGGUAAUCGUAUAGCAACUUGCAGUGACGAUCAAACAGUGAAGAUAUGGCGGGAAUACAAGCCUGGCAAUGAAACAGGUGUUGCCACACCAAACAAUGUGCCUGUCUGGAAAUGUAUAUGUACAGUGUCGGGUUAUCAUACGAGAACCAUUUAUGACAUCGACUGGUGCAAAGUUACGGGUUUACUGGUGACUGCAUGCGGCGACGAUAUUAUUCGGAUAUUUAAGGAAGACAGUGAUUGCGAUCCUCAUCAACCAAGUUUUACGAUGGUCUGCUCAAUGGAUAACGCGCACACCCAAGAUGUGAACUGUGUUCAGUGGAGUCCUACGGUUCCUGGACAAUUUGCCUCUGCAAGUGAUGAUAGUUUAGUAAAAAUAUGGCUUUAUAAGGAAUGAAAAAUGGUUUACAACCAUAAAAUAUGUAUUUAUAUAAUAUGUAAUUUUGUUUUAUAUAAUGUAAAAAUUACAUAUAUAUACACAA